AUGGAGACCAUCAAGUCGUUCCUCUGGAAGCCCGACCCCGAAACCCAAAAACGCAAAUGCAACGCCCUGGUGCGGUCCAACGUGCGCAAGCUCGACCGGGACAUAGUGCAGCUGAAGCAAGCCGAGCAAAAAACGAAGACGUACAUACUGCAAGCGUCGCGGCGGGCGCAGCGCAACCCGGCCAUGGCGAAGCAAGCAGCCCAGGACACGCGCGUGUUUGCGCGCGAGCUGAUCCGCGUGCGCAAGCAGAACGCGCGCCUCCAGACCAGCAAGGCGCAGCUGCAGAGCGUGCAGAUGCAGGUCAACGAGGCCUUUUCCGUGCGCAAGAUCGAGGGCAGCAUCCGCGCUAGCACGGGCAUCAUGAAGGACGUCAACACCCUGGUGCGCCUGCCCGAACUCACCGGCACCAUGCGCGAACUUAGCCAGGAGCUCAUGAAGGCCGGAAUUAUCGAGGAGAUGGUCGGCGACUCGCUGCCUGAUAGCGAGCUGCUUGAGGAUGAGGACGACGAGGCCGAAACCGAGGUCGACAAGGUCCUGAGCGAAGUACUCAAGGAUAAGCUGGCCCCUGCGACUGUUGCACCCCAGCCAGAGCUCGAGGUCCCUUCGCAGCCCGUCGAGGAAGAGGAAGACCAGGAGGAGAUGCUCAGCCAGAUGCGGGGCAGGCUCGAGGCCUUGAAGAGCUGA